AUUACAAAAGAACUAACAUGUUUACUGACUAUGUUGCCAGCAGAUCAAUGUUAUGAGACCUUGAUACAAUAUAGUGAGCAAAUUAAUAUGAUGAAUUUGUCAAUGAGACUUGACGAUCUGUGUUCUAUUAUUGGGAGGAUAUAUCCACACCUGCAACUUAAAUCAAUACUGUUAAACUGUGAAAUAUUGAUCAAACAUAAAGAAUACCAAUUGUAUCGAAAAUUCAUGGUUCAAAACCUUAAGCUAUUGAUAGAUUGGAAAAUAAAUAUGGGCAGUGAUGACAGCAAUAGACAAAUAGUACCACAUGAUCGUUCUAAAUCAUGUGAUAAAAUAGACACAAUGUGGAACAAUAAAGGGAACAGGAUUAAACAAAAAAGUAGUUUACUCUCUAGUCUACUGUGCAUUCUGCCAGAGGAAGAAUUGUAUGAAACUAUCAGUCAUUAUCUAUUUCUAGUUCAAAACAUGAGAUCGUUUAUUGUUCCCAAAUAUCUUUAUUCUGUAAAAAAGGAUCCAUACUUAAAUCUUCUAUUCAAACUUUUUUGGUGCAGAAAACUGAUCAAUGAAGGUCAUGCAGACAGUAAUAUAGUUUACAGAUGUCUAAAUAACUUUUACAGGGAAAACUGUCAAGAAAAUGAAGCUGAACUUACUGUAUAUAUAAUUAGUAUUGCUGAUAGUUUAUCAGAUACAAGUUUCAUGAAAGAGGUAUUACAAUGCUAUUUAAGAAAAAAAAUAGUAACAGUUACUUCAAUGGCAACAACAGAACAUGGGAAUGAGAGAUGUGAAUAUAACAAGGAGGUGAAAUAUGCACAAAAUAUGAGUGAACACAAUCUAAUUUAUACUCAGUGUGCUUCCAUCUUAAGUGGUAAAAAGAUGAAGAAUGUUGACAUCCAUCAAUAUUCAAGGAAGUUUAAUAUGAAAGGACCUGAAGAUGAAAAUAAAGUAGAAAUGCAAUCAGAACAGGCAAAGCUGUUGAUACUAUUUAUACUUCUUCUAUUACUGACAGCUCUUGGACAUAAAUCAGCAAAACUCAAAAAGUACCUAGCACUGAAGUAUGAAUAUGACAUGGCAAGCUUGUACCUAUUGUGGUGUUCAGGGGACAUUGAGGUUCACCCAGGACCUGCAUGGAGUAGGAAACAGUUGGAGCACAACUCUGAACGAGAGAGGAAGUGGCUCCAAGACAUAAAUAGUAUCCUUUUAAAACUUUACUUGGGAAUACCAACUCAGUCAAAACCAAAAAACUUAUGGCAAAAAGACAACCAACCAGAGCAAUGGCCUUUGGAUAAACCAUUUUAUGACACCAAAAAUGCUUCAAAGGAUGCUAAAGGCAACAAGAUAACUGAUGAUCAAAUUCUGACAUGUUUGUUGGAAUGUUUAAAAAAGGAAAAAGUAGAUAUACCUCACAUAUACCAAUCUGAAAUAUCAGCAUGGACAAAUAAAAACAUUCAAUUAUUACAUAAACUGCAAGUUUAUAGAAUUGAAAUGGAAAAUGUUAAGUCAGCAUCACUCAACUUAAUUUUAUCAAAUUUAGAAGAUAAUGCAAAAAAUUUGCAAAAUAUUAAAUUUAGCCUUGAGAACUCCACUUUGGACAAAAUACAAAUAGAAGGUUUACUGAAUAAUGAUCGAAGACAAAAGAAGCAGGCAGAAAUGGUAGCUGAGAUAACCCGUGAUUUAGCCAAUACACUAUGCAGACUGGCUAAAGGAACAGAUCCAAUGGAAAAAGGGGAUGGAACAUGGAAUAGACCACCACCAGUCGACUGGCCAGAUGAUGUCCCCUUUUUUAACCCUAAAAACAGAGGAAAAAACAAGGACAAACCCAAAUGCCCUGACACAGUACUUGUCUGUACUUUUCUAAAACUUCCAUAUCUGAGAAUUCCUGAGAAUACUCUACAAAUAGUUAAUGCAUACCAAACCAUGUACAACUGUACAGACACUGACAGACAAAAGAAAAACAAGGAAAAACUAUGUAGAUUAUAUUCAAAACAAUCAAAUUCGGAAAAGUUAGAUUGCUCCUUACAAAAUCUGCAUAAAGAAGGUUUAUUUUCAAGAGAAGUACAUGGCAUUUUAAACCAAUGGUGGAAAACACAGUCAGUUGAUGAGCAUGCUGAACAUGUUUUAAAGAAUGCCCUUGUAAGAUCUGAUGAAAGACCUCAUAUAACAAUAGACAUAACAAAAAAAAAUGAACAAGAUACCAAUCUCAGAUACAUCUCUUAUACCAUUCAUAUCAAAGAUGCUUAUCUUCAUAUAAAAUGUACCACAGACCAUCCAAAUCAAUCGAAUCUUCAGCAAACAAUCACUGAGCCUUUAGUCCAAGCAAAUAGCUCAGAGAACAUUGAAGAUAGUGUAUUACCACCAGAUGUCAUUGACUUAGUACUUGAGCAUGAUGUUGUGGACCAAACUGAAUGUCCUAAUGAUAAUUCAGUUACGGACAACAUAUCCAUGCCAUUUGAUUUACAGAGGCAGGGAGCUCCUUUGCCUAUCAGGCAUCAACACCUUACACCUCACAAUGAUUUGGACAUCCUGACGAACCAUAACACCCUGGCAUCAGAUCUAAAUAGCAGCAGACGCACCACAGAGUAUGAUACAACUAGUUUACAAGCUUGUGACUCUGUACAUAAUUCAUACAGCAGAAAUUGUGAAAACCUUGAUGGCAAUAUGAGCACCUCCAAAGUAAAGAGGAAACAAAUAGAGGACAAAGAAGAACCUGUUAAGAAACUGUUAAAAAUAAAAGUGAAUCAGUGUGAACAUUAUGACAGAAUUGCUGAAAAUUCUUCAUCAGCUGAUUCAAAGAGGAAUGAACUAUCACUAGAACAGAUUCCCAACAAUACAAGCACUUUAAAGGAAAUAUGCAGUGACAAAUUUCUAGAUUCGUGGAGUCUUUAUUUACAUGAAAACAUUGAUGAAAUGAAAAACAAUGGGAAACAAAAUGACCAAAUAGAAGAUGAUAAAGAACUAGAAAGCUUUUCAGACUUAGACAAUUUUAUAUCAGGGAAACCAUCUCAGAUGGAGACAGAUUUAUUGUAAUAAUGCUUUAUAUUUUAACAUUGUAAAUACUUUUUGGAACACUCUUUUGUACAUUUAAUAUUACUCAAUGAGUUCAAUAGUAUUCUUUUUCCUUAUAGUUUGUAUGAGAGUUCAUUUGGAAUAGAGAGGAUAUGUAUUGGGUAGUUAUAUAUGCCUGACUCAGCUAAGAUCAUUAAUAUGGAUUAUUAUAAAUCUAAACAUACAAUGAUGAAACACAUAAAGAAUAUAUUUUAAUGACACAAUUUCUUUCACUCCCAGUACAUGUUUCUCAAGAUGGUACUUUGAGACAGACUUUUUAUUGUUAUUUUGUACGAUUAAAUAUCUCAAUAUAUUUAAAUGUAUUUUUUUCAUAGAUGUGCAAUGAUCUCAUAGAAAGUCAGUAAUUGUUUAACAACUAAACAAUUAUAUACAUAAAAGGUACACAUAUAACACACUGUCAUAAUUUUAUAUCCUUGGAGCUGUAGUUAGUGCAUCGGACUACUAACACAAAGGUUCCUGGUUCUAUUCCCGUUUAGGAUGAAAAAUUUCAAAAACUCAAUUUUCUGCUCUCUCUUGACACCAUUUGCGAAUAUGGUCUCAAAGAAACGAUGAUAGUCUGUCGGAAGGGGAUGAUAAACGGCUGACCCUUGUUUUUAGAGAGCCAUAUCUCUUGCACAUUAAAGACAUCCUUGUAGAUUUCGAACAAGAGUAGGCUAAUGCCGCUACAAGGCAGCACUUGCACCCGCAAAGUGAAAAGGGAUUAAUAUAAAUUGCAAAACUUGUCUCCCAGUCCACUAUAACUUAAUAUGUUUAAACUAAUUUUAUAUCCUUAUUUGAAUUAAAACAAUUCUAAUUAAUUAUGUAAACUUCAGUAAAAACUGUUAAAUACUUUUGCCCAGUGUUUUUUAAAGACAGUUAUUUGAUAUCUAUAGUUAAUGCAUUUUUCCCUUUAAACAACUAAAUCUCCAGAAUUAAUUUGUUGUACAAUUUCUUCAGAUGUUUUUUGCAAUUCCUUUAAUUUGAAUAUUCUUUUUAUCGUAAAUUUUGAUGUAAAUCACAUGUAUUAAUAAAUACAGAUUUAACAAGAACUAUCUUUAAAAAAGAUAUCCGACGUAUUUAAAUUUGAGUAUAUGUUUAAAACUAUCAUUUCGAUAACCUUCAGAAGCACAAUGACUUAAUGAUGCAGGACCUCUUUAAUAAAAUCUCCAUCUUUAUGUAACUUCAAGAAAUUCUUUACUAAGUCUGGUUAUAUUAAGGCAGUAAUAUAUAAGAAUAUUGUGAUAACACCUAAAAUUUUCAUUUGUCAAAAAAUCUAGUGCAAAUAAAAAGAAACAAAUAUACAUUUACUACUGUUUACAUUAAACUUAAUUCAUGGUUAACAAAGCUAGAAACUAUUGGUAGUAUAAGUAGUAUCUUUCUGUUUACAUUCACCAAAACCCCGCGUAAAUCUCACAUGCGUAGGUGCGUUCUAAAAGUCAUGUACAUUCGUACAACAAAGUUUUCAUUAAAAAUUAUAUAAUUAUAUAAUUUUCCCGAAUAAACAGCUGUCAUGGAUGCAAAGAACUAUUGGAGAAACAAUUAUUUGAAUAAAAAGAUAAAUCUUUGUAAGAUCUAGUUCAAAUAUUUAUAGUUUUUCACUUUCUUUCCAUCACGAUAUAAUUUUUGAGACAUUUUUUCAAACACAACCAAAUCACCCACCAUGACAGCAUUUUGUCCAAUCACAGAAAGGAUUUUCUGGAAUGUGUAGUCUGUUGCCAUAGUGAAGCGUCCUUAAGUUCAAAGUGCACAAACCAACUACGUCGGAAAAAAAAUAAUGGAAUUGGCUCAAAAUAUUCAUUUCAUGCAAACAAAAAGGGCAAAUAACACUCACAAGGAUUUUUUUUUAUACCAUGCUUUAUGUAUAUUAUUGAUACAUUUUAAAACUGAAAAUGUAAAAUAAUGU